AUGACUAUUCGUGUUGUAUCAUAUAAUAUUCUAGUGCCGAUAUUUGCUGAACAACCAGAGUAUUAUGCCAAAUGUCAACCGCAAUAUCUCAAAACUGAUUAUCGAUGGAAUUUAAUUCAAUUACAAUUAGAACAAGAGAUUAUUAAUCAUGAAAACACAAUCAUUUGCUUACAAGAACUUUCUCUUCCAUUGUUAACAAAAUUCGAAUUAUUUUUUCGUCGAUUAAAUUACACAUUUUUUCAUAAUCUUUAUGGUCGCCAACAUGAUGAUUAUAUGGGUGUAGGUAUUGCUAUUCCUAUGUCAAUACCUAUGAAAGAUAUUUCGAUAAUUAAAGUUGGAGAUUAUAUACAAAAAAUAUGUAAAUCUCGUGAACAAACAUCCAGUUUAUAUUCACGGAUAUGGAAUUGGUAUGACUCGAUCAUAGGCAAAACUAUUUAUUUAUCUGAUCCAUGGCAUACUGCCAUGCACAACGCUAAUGCACUCAUUUGUUUACAAAUUGUUAUUGGUGGUAAAUCAUUAUGUAUUGGGACAUAUCACAUGCCAUGCCUUUUUAAAUUACCUGAUGUUAUGGCAAUUCAUGCUUCAAUUGUGAAAGAUUUAAUGUAUGAACAGGCAGCUGGACAAGAUUUUAUUUUAGCUGGUGAUUUUAAUACCAAACCACGAGAUCUGUCCUAUAAAGUUUUAACACAAAAAAAUUAUAAUGAUUACAAUUUUCCAAGAUCUAAUAUGUAUGAAAUCUCUUAUCAACCUAAUAUUGAACAAGUAUUAAAGAGUGCCUAUCGUGAGAAGAACGGAACUGAACCUAUUUAUACAAAUUUUGCUGAUACACCAAAAGCAUCAAAAUUUUGUGAAACACUUGAUUAUAUUUUCUUCACAGGUCAUCUUACGGUCGAAAAUGUUUUAGAAUUACCAGAUCAUUUUGAGAGUCAAUCGUAUCCUGAUGAAACACAUCCCUCAGAUCAUUUGAUGAUUGCAGCAACAUUUCGAUUAUCUUAA